AUGAAUGAAUUUGCCAGUGUGAUUUUCGCAAAUUCAAAUCUGGAUUCUGAUCCGGAUGUACCUCCGGAUAAGGUUGAUAGAGCUCAUCGGGCUGGAAAAGCUCGGAGAAAAGGAGCUAGUUCUUCGGCGAAUCCUGUUCAAGGAGGAGUUUCAAAGGCUCCGGCAGCUGAUACUGCAGAAGAAGCUGGUGAUGAAGAAGCAGCUGCUGCUGAUGAUACUGAUCCACCUCCUCAACCAGCAGCUCAAUUGUCUACUCAAGCUCGUAAUACUGUUAUAGAAGGUUACAACAGGUCCUAUAGUCCAUUGUGUUAUUGUGAGGAAAACAAUUAUUGUAAUGAACCUAACAAUGCAGGUUCUGCUGUAGAAGAAGCUAUUGUAGAAGAAGCUGAUGAAGCUCCUGAAGAAGAAGUUGAUGUUGCUGAUGAUACUGAUCCACGUCCACCACCACCUCCUCCACCAGCAGCUCAAUUGUCUACUCAAGCUCGUAAUACUUUUACAGCAGGUUUUGCUGUAGAAGAAGCUAUUGUAGAAGAAGUUGAUGAAGCUGCUGAUGAAGAAGCAGUUGCUGUUGAUGAUACUGAUCCACGUCCACCACCACCUCCUCCGCCAGCAGCUCAAUUGUCUGCUCAAGCUCCUAAUGCUGUUACCACUCAAUUGUCUGCUCAAGCUCGUAAUACUCUUACAGCAGCUGUAGAAAAAGCUAUUGUAGAGGAAGCUGAUGAAGCUGCUGAUGAAGAAGCAGUUGCUGUUGAUGAUACUGAUCCACGUCCACCACCCCCUCCUCCACCAGCAGCUCAAUUGUCUGCUCAAGCUCGUAAUACUCUUACAGCAGCUGUAGAAAAAGCUAUUGUAGAGGAAGCUGAUGAAGCUGCUGAUGAAGAAGCAGUUGCUGUUGAUGAUACUGAUCCACGUCCACCACCCCCUCCUCCACCAGCAGCUCAAUUGUCUGCUCAAGCUCGUAAUACUCUUACAGCAGCUGUAGAAAAAGCUAUUGUAGAGGAAGCUGAUGAAGCUGCUGAUGAAGAAGCAGUUGCUGUUGAUGAUACUGAUCCACGUCCACCACCCCCUCCUCCACCAGCAGCUCAAUUGUCUGCUCAAGCUCGUAAUACUCUUACAGCAGCUGUAGAAAAAGCUAUUGUAGAGGAAGCUGAUGAAGCUGCUGAUGAAGAAGCAGUUGCUGUUGAUGAUACUGAUCCACGUCCACCACCCCCUCCUCCACCAGCAGCUCAAUUGUCUGCUCAAGCUCGUAAUACUCUUACAGCAGCUGUAGAAAAAGCUAUUGUAGAGGAAGCUGAUGAAGCUGCUGAUGAAGAAGCAGUUGCUGUUGAUGAUACUGAUCCACGUCCACCACCCCCUCCUCCACCAGCAGCUCAAUUGUCUGCUCAAGCUCGUAAUACUCUUACAGCAGCUGUAGAAAAAGCUAUUGUAGAGGAAGCUGAUGAAGCUGCUGAUGAAGAAGCAGUUGCUGUUGAUGAUACUGAUCCACGUCCACCACCCCCUCCUCCACCAGCAGCUCAAUUGUCUGCUCAAGCUCGUAAUACUCUUACAGCAGCUGUAGAAAAAGCUAUUGUAGAGGAAGCUGAUGAAGCUGCUGAUGAAGAAGCAGUUGCUGUUGAUGAUACUGAUCCACGUCCACCACCCCCUCCUCCACCAGCAGCUCAAUUGUCUGCUCAAGCUCGUAAUACUCUUACAGCAGCUGUAGAAAAAGCUAUUGUAGAGGAAGCUGAUGAAGCUGCUGAUGAAGAAGCAGUUGCUGUUGAUGAUACUGAUCCACGUCCACCACCCCCUCCUCCACCAGCAGCUCAAUUGUCUGCUCAAGCUCGUAAUACUCUUACAGCAGCUGUAGAAAAAGCUAUUGUAGAGGAAGCUGAUGAAGCUGCUGAUGAAGAAGCAGUUGCUGUUGAUGAUACUGAUCCACGUCCACCACCACCUCCUCCGCCAGCAGCUCAAUUGUCUGCUCAAGCUCCUAAUGCUGUUACCACUCAAUUGUCUGCUCAAGCUCGUAAUACUGUUACAGCAGCUGUAGAAAAAGCUAUUGUAGAGGAAGCUGAUGAAGCUGCUGAUGAAGAAGCUGAUGAUGAUGAUGAUGAUACUGAUCCACGUCCACCACCACCUCCUCCACCAGCAGCUCAAUUGUCUGCUCAAGCUCCUAAUGCUGUUACAACUCAAUUGUCUUCUCAAGCUCGUUCUGCUGUAGAAGAAGCUAUUCUAGAAAAAGCUGAUGAAGCUGCUGAUGAAGAAGUUGAUGAAGAAGCUGCUGAUGAUGAUGAUACUGAUCCACGUCCACCACCACCUCCUCCACCAGCAACUCAAUUGUCUGCUCAAGUUCCUAAUGCUGUUACAGCUCAAUUGUCUGCUCAAGCUCGUAAUACUGUUACAGCAGGUUCUGCUGUAGAAGAAGCUAUUGUAGAAGAAGCUGAUGAAGGUGCUGAUGAAGAAGAUGCUGCUGAUGAUGAUACUGAUCCACGUCCACCACCACCUCCUCCACCAGCAGCUCAAUUGUCUGCUCAAGCUCCUAAUGCUGUUACAACUCAAUUGUCUGCUCAAGCUCGUAAUACUGUUACAGCAGGUUCUGCUGUAGAAGAAGCUAUUGUAGAAGAAGCUGAUGAAGGUGCUGAUGAAGAAGAUGCUGCUGAUGAUGAUACUGAUCCACGUCCACCACCACCUCCUCCACCAGCAGCUCAAUUGUCUGCUCAAGCUCCUAAUGCUGUUACAGCUCAAUUGUCUGCUCAAGCUCGUAAUACUGUUACAGCAGGUUCUGCUGUAGAAGAAGCUAUUGUAGAAGAAGCUGCUGAUGAAGAAGCUGCUGAUGAUGAUAAUACUGAUCCACGUCCACCACCUCCUCCACCAGCAGCUCAAUUGUCUGCUCAAGCUCCUAAUGUUGUUACAGCUCAAUUGUCUGCUCAAGCUCGUUCUGCUGUAGAAGAAGCUAUUGUAGAAGAGGCUGAUGAAGGUGCUGAUGAAGAAGUUGCUGCUGAUGAUGAUACUGAUCCACGUCCACCACCACCUCCUCCACCAGCAGCUCAAUUGUCUGCUCAAGCUCCUAAUGCUGUUACAGCUCAAUUGUCUGCUCAAGCUCGUAAUACUGUUACAGCAGGUUUUGCUGUAGAAGAAGCUAUUGUAGAAGAAGCUGAUGAAGCUGCUGCUGAAGAAGCUGAUGAUGAUGAUAAUACUGAUCCACAUCCACCACCACCUCCUCCACCAGCAGCUCAAUUGUCUGCUCAAGCUCCUAAUGCUGUUACAGCUCAAUUGUCUGCUCAAGCUCGUAAUACUGUUACAGCAGGUUUUGCUGUAGAAGAAGCUAUUGUAGAAGAAGCUGAUGAAGCUGCUGCUGAAGAAGCUGAUGAUGAUGAUAAUACUGAUCCACAUCCACCACCACCUCCUUUACCAGCAGCUCAAUUGUCUGCUCAAGCUCCUAAUGCUGUUACAGCUCAAUUGUCUGCUCAAGCUCGUAAUACUGUUACAGCAGGUUCUGCUGUAGAAGAAGCUAUUGUAGAAGAAGCCGAUGAAGCUUCUGAUGAAGACGCUGAUGAUGUUGAUAAUACUGAUCCACGUCCACCACCACCUCCUCCACCAGCAGCUCAAUUGUCUGCUCAAGCUCCUAAUGCUGUUACAGCUCAAUUGUCUGCUCAAGCUCUUAAUACUGUUACAGCAGAAGAAGCUGUUGUAGAAGAAGUUGUUAAUGAUUUUACUGCUGAUGAUGAUCCACGUCCACCACCUCCACCACCUGCUCUAGCUCAAUCUCAUGGGUCAUCUGCUCAAGCUCUGGCGGUUGAAGGUACAUGA